AUGCCAGUUGCGAAAUGUCCAAACCUCAGGAAACCGUCUCCACUCGCCUCGUCUCGUACAGUUACACCGUCAGCACAAACACAAGUACCUCUGUGCGAGUGGUCACUUUCAGCGGAUUCACGCAAUGUCCGUCGGGGUCGUGGCUCAAAGUUCGGGGUGCAAAUACGGUUUGUGUAACGGUAAGGCGUUGGAUUUCUCGAGAUUGCAUGGUAAAGUGCACCUGUCAGAUCCGUCUAUUUGCCUCUCCGUACUGCAAAAAUCGAGCGGCCGCCGUGGCGUUGUGCGAAACGGACAGUGGGCUCGGGUUGACUGGACCCUACGACACGGCCGAGAAUUCUGCCAUCCAAGGUUUGUUGUACCAUAACAAGUGGAUUUACAAUAUUUCAAGAGGCUUAGGACAUGCACGGCGACCAAAAGGGUAGAAAGGGGGCGUGGCCUAAUCUGAGACGCGUUUUCGGAAAAUUGCCGCAAUUCCAGCAUUUUUCCGAUAUUUUUGUGUGUUUGUUAUCGACGAAAGAAGACAUUAAAGAGAGAAAACAUUGAAAUUUUCAUGAAAACGCCGCGUUUGAGACGUUUUUGGCAUAUUUCGCAAUUCGGAAUUUUCAUACCGGCCGAUCUGGAUAGUUUUGAGACGAAGUGAGUGUCGGAAGUGAUUAAGCACGUUAAUACAAGUAUUUUAAGCGCUGAAACGGCAAAAAGUAUCGGCGAAUGACUGAAAUUCGCGCAUUUUCAGCACAAAACUUGAAAAUCGAUUCAAUUUAUUCAUUUCUGAAUGAAACCUGCUCGUUUUAAAAGUGGUGUCCAACGUGAUAUUUUUAAAAUAAACUUCGAAGUGGGGCAUUCACUUUCCCAAAGUCGCGAAUAACGAAAAAAAAAUUCCCCGAUUUUUAAGAUUUUUUUCAAAAAAGUUAAUGGUACCGGCGAGAAGAAAUGGAAGAGCUGGCCUAGAUUUUUCCAGUCCCCGGAUGGAAUUCCCCUUUCUUCCGAUUUUUUUUCCGUUUUCGUGCAAUUUUCUUAAAUUUUCAAUCGUUUUUUUUGACUGAACACACUCAUUUACAAUAUUUGAAAAAAAAAUUAUGUUUUUUUCCGUGCCGUGACGCCAAAAAAAUCGAUAAUCUGAAACUUUCAAAAUUCAGCAAAAUUCAGAAAAAAUAAGCCACUUUUUGUAAAACCGAAAAUGGGAAGUUUUGGAUUUUUCGCAUUACUUUGAAAAAUAGAACUUCUCGCCGGUACCAUUAACUUUUUUGAAAAAAAAAAUCUUAAAAAUCGGGGAACGUUUUUCGUAAUUCGGGACUUUGGGAAAGUGAAUGCCCCAUUUCGAAGUUUAUUUUAAAAAUAUGUUAUAUGUCACGUUGGACACCACCUUCAAAGGUAAUUAAGAAAUGAUUGAGCGAUCUCUUUCUAUUUAUUUUUCAGCGCGCAAACUGAAGAUUGAGCGAAAAACCCGGAAAAACAACAAAAAAAAAGUUUCAGAUUAUCGAUUUUUUUGGCGUCGCGGCACAGAAAAAAAAAACAUUAAUUUUUUUUAAAUAUUGUGAAUAAGUGUGUUUAGUGAAAAAACGAUUGAAAAUUUAAGAAAUUUGCACGAAAACGAAAAAAAAAUCGGAAGAAAGGGGAAUUCCAUCCGGGGACUAGAAAAAUCUAGGCCAGCUCUUCCAUUUCGCCGUGUAAUUCUCUCUCGGUACCAUUAACUUUUUUGAAAAAAAAUCUUAAAAAUCGGGGAACGUUUUUCGUAAUUCGGGAUUUUGGGAAAGUGAAUGGCCCACUUCGAACUUUGGUUUUAAAAAUAUGUUGUAUGUCACGUUGGACACCCCACCUUCAAGUGGAUUCACAAUCUUUUUAAGAGCAUGCUUACAGGUUACACGAACACCACGUACACCGCCAACAAAGUCGCAAUUUGGAGCGCGUACACUUCUGUGCUCGUGUGGAUCGACGGAUAUUAUAUUUCGACAAGUGGCACCUUCAACAUGACCGACAAAACGUUGACGAACGGAGGAGUCAACGGCUACGAUUGGGAGGCGUUUUCGCGAAGUUAUAUCGGUGUCGCGUUGGGCAAUUGCGUUUAUUUGGUUCCGAAUGUGGCGUCGGGUGUUGUCAGGGCCAGGGAGUGCGUUUUCGAUGGCUAUUCGUUGCAGAAAAACCAUUUUUUCAGCUGUUCCCAAACAUCAUCAGGCACUUCGUUUUGCUUUCGUGGAGCCGUUUGUCGAAUUACACCCACUUAUCAAUUCUAGACGUUUUAUUCUAAAAAAAAAUAAUAAAAAUAAAUCUUUGUCAUGUGAAGGGGCACACAACUGACAUGUCUCGUUGCUCGCCACACAAACCGAGGCUAGUAGACAUCCGAAGCACAUUUUACGGCUUCUUCUUCUUCUUCUUCUUUUUCUUCUUCUUCUUCUUCUUCGCCCAACAAGAUGCUUCUCCGACCGUUUUUGAAACUUUUCAUGUUUCCAAUUUAUUGCGCUAUUAGCCAGGUAAUUAGUCCUCCUAAACUCUUGUGAAAAUAUUGUAGUUCCACUUGAGAUCGCCUCGCCUCAAAUGAUUGUCACGUACGGAAAAGUGACCAAUGCGAACAGUAGUUCGACUCAAACUUGCAAACACUAUGGCGAUUGUAUGGACGUGUGCUAUAGCUUGGCCUAUUGUAUGGUUAGUUUGACAAGAAAAAACGUGAAUAUCGAUUUUUUUUUUCCACCACACUUCAAGCGGUUUAAGUUCAAGUUUAAGUUUUCGGGUGUCUUAGAAAAAAGCUUGUGGGUCCCGAGAUUUUUUCCAAAAAGCCCGGGCUUCCGGCCAAUUUCGGUCAAGGAUCAGCGGAAGAACUCAACACGGAAGAAUUUUUAUCUUUUUUAGAAAAUUUUUUCAUGAAAUGUGAUCAACUGACGAAAUGUAUAGCAAAGUGAACUUUGCUCAUAGAAAAAUAAUUGUAAAUUUAGCAUUUCAUACAAAAAAGUUAUUCCUUCCGUCUUCCCCGUUAGCCCCCUUUUUCACGGAACAACUCGAAUAACUUUUUUGUAUGAAAAGCUAAAUUUACAAUUAUUUUUCUAUGAGCACAGUUCACUUUUCUAUACAUUUCAUCAGUUGAUCACAUUUCAUGAAAAAAUUUUCUAAAAAAGAUUAAAAAAAUUCUUCCGUGUUCUUCCGUUGAGCUCUUCCGCUCAACUCUGAUCUACAUAUCUCGGGAGCCGACGAUCCGAUCGGGCUGAAGCUUGGUCCCAAUGGCCCUCAAUCCGUGUCCAACAAUUCUGCAAAAUGUGGGUCCGAUCGGAUCAUUGCAAGUGGGCAGUGUGCCUUACCGAAAUUUUUUUUACCGAAAGAAGUGAAUUUCGGUAAAUUUUCGGUAAAUUUUCGGUAAAAACUGUUUUUACCGAAAGAGUUUCGGUAAAUUUACCGGUAAAUUUACCGGUAAAUUUAUCGGUAAAUUUUCGGUAAAUUUUCGGUGAAUUUUCGGUAAAUUUUCGGUAAAUUGUUUCGAAAAUUUUUUUUUCCGAAAAUUUACCGACAAUUUACCGAAAUUUUUACCGGUAAAUUUACCGAAACCCUUUCGGUAAGGCACACUGCAAGUGGGCCAAAAGUCCAGGUCUGUCUGAAGGGACGGCCCGGAAUUGCUCCUUGCUUUUUUGUGAGAAUUUUGAAGAAACGGAAAGUGUCGAAUAAAAAGCGAUAUUCCAGGUUGCCGCAUUCGAACCGCCCGCCACUUGCCUGCUCGUCAACCCGAUCGGCGUGGCCACUGUACAAAAAGUGGCGGGAUCGAGUGGAAUGAUUGUCGGUUUCAAAGUACGUGUUCCUUGAAAAAAGUACGAAAUGAGUUGAUGCAGAGAACUCUAACUCUGACCACGUGUCCAUCAACACCGGCCGACCCGCCAAUGUUCGGUGAAACUAGUGUUACGGUACUCAAUUUUCCCCUCAUUUUUGUCCCAUUUUUUUGGCACUAUCUUUUUUUUUAGGAGACUAUCUCUUCAAACACGACCAUCUAUAGCUAUACGAUUAGUUCGAGUACUUCUACAGACAACACGACCACUUGGACGGUCACUUUCAGCGGAUUUAUGCAAUGCUCAUCGGGAUCGUGGAUCAAAGUGAGGGGUGCAAAUACGGUUUGUGUCACGGUAAGCAUUUAGGUUUGAUUUUGCGAGCUUCCCGAAAAGUUGGCCUCGUUUUGCAGAUGCUUCUCUUCGACGCGCCAUUCUGCAAGAACCAAACGUCGGCCGAGUCGGUGUGCCGGACCGGCAAUGCGAUCGGAAUGACGGGACCGUACGAUGGCAGUGAGAACAGCGCGUUUCAAGGUUACGUCGUGCAAGUAUUGUCCGAGGCCAGCGAUGACACUAAAUCAGUGUACGGUAACUAUUCGCAAGUGGUCGUUUGGCUCGACGGCGUCUACGUCGCCACGUCCACCGUGAACAUCACCGAUGACACUCUGAACGGUGUGAACGGCUACAAUUGGGAGGCCGGAUCGUAUUGGGGCUACGGGCCCACCGUCGGACAGUGCAUUUAUUUGGUGACGAACACGAACGAAGGUCGGGUCAGGGCCUAUGCGUGAGUUUUUGCGGGAAGCAUUGGAAAAGAAAUGCGAUUUUCAGCUGCAACGCGACAACCGUAACGUCCGGAGUGUUUUGUCUCGGUGGCGCCGCCUGUCUAACCCAACCCGUUUACCAAUUUUGA